AGUUUAUAUCGCAUCACCAUCGAACCACCGUUCACAAGCCAUCAUCGUGACCCAUCAAUAGCAAUCCCAAUGUUGCCUACCAUUCCUCAAGCGGAAUCGAAGUUUCCAAGCGAUCUCACAUUCAUUAUUGUGAUUAAUCUUAUCUUGUUGAGCUUGUAUCCAUUGGUCUACUACAGCCUGUCCUCCACCUCUCCAGUCUUUACCUACCGGCCUCAACUCUUAGCCGGUAACAUAACAGUCGUUCGAGUUUAAAAGACAAAAUGGCCCCUUCAUACGACCAACCCUACUCCGUCCUCCUCGACAGGAACAUCUACGACCCGGACAACCUCUGCGAAGGAAUAGAUCUCAGGCGCCACCAUGCUGCCGAUCUUGAGGAUGUCGGUGCAUUCAGGUGUCAGGAAGACUGGCGCCGCUUAGUUGGACCUCUCGAGAGGCCAUUCCGAGGUGGCCUUGGCCCGCAGUUCAGUUUCAUCACUGUUGCUGUGCCCAACUGCAUUCCCGAGCGAAUGGAGAUUACCAGUUAUGCUCUCGAGUUUGGCUUCAUCCACGACGAUGUUAUCGAUGAGCAUAUCGAGGAUGCCGACUUGAGCGACAUGGAGGAGGGCUUGGAGCAGGGAGCCAAGACCGGCAGCAUCGACGAGCGAGGUGCCUCUGGCAAGCGUGUCAUCGCUGCUCAGAUCAUGCGCGAGAUGAUGGCAAUUGACCCUGAGAGGGCCAUGGUUGUCGCUAAGAGCUGGGCUGCUGGAGUUCAACAUUCUGCCAGGCGAGAGGAAUUGACCAACUUCCAGACUCUUGAUGAGUACAUCCCCUACAGAAGUCUCGAUGUCGGAUACAUGCUCUGGCAUGGCCUGGUCACCUUCGGAUGCGCCAUCACCAUCCCCCCUGAGGAGGAGGCACUGUGCACCGAGUUUCUCACCCCGGCCCUGUCUGCUGCUUCGCUCGUCAACGAUCUGUUCUCCUUCGAGAAAAAGAAGAAUGAUACCAACAUCCAAAACGCAGUCUACAUUAUCAUGAAGGAGCAUGGAUGUGACGAAGCAGAAGGCAGAGAGCGCCUCAAGGCGCGUAUCCGACAAGAGAUGGCCAAAUUUGUCCAGAUCGUCAAGGACACCAAGACGCGACCUGACCUCUCUGACGAUAUCAAGCGAUACAUCGAUGUCAUGCAGUACACUCUUUCCGGUAAUGUUGUUUGGAGUGCUCAGUGCCCACGAUACAACCUGAAGGCUAAGUGGAAUGAGCUCCAGAUGCUGCGAGCCAAGCAUGGUGUAGCCAAGUACCCAGCAACCUUCCCACCAGCCGAUGGCUCCAUGGACCAUAUCUGGAAGAAGGGUUCAACACAGGGCGAGACAAAAGGCGAGAAGAGGAAAAGGCAUAGCGUGGACGGAACUAACGGAGUCAACGAAACUAACAGAGUGAACGGCACCAACGGUAUCAAGAAGCCCACCAUCUCGAGAGUUGGCGUGGAUUCACUCCAACUGAACGAGGUAGUGUCGCUAGCUCUUAGCACAGACCUCCCUAACUUGACCACUGAUGUGAUUCUUCAACCCUAUGCCUACAUUACCUCCAUGCCCUCAAAUGGAUUCCGCGACCAAGCCGUUGACUCAAUCAACAAGUGGCUCAAGACCCCUCCCAAAGCCACUCAAAAGAUUAAGGAGAUCAUCAACAUACUCCACACUGCAUCCCUCAUGCUUGACGAUCUCCAGGACAACUCGCCCCUCCGCCGCGGCAAACCCUCAACUCACAACGUCUAUGGCACCUCGCAAACCAUCAACAGCGCAACCUACCAACUCACGCACGCCACCGCUCUCGCCGCCGGCCUCAGCAACCCCAACUGCCUCCGCAUCUUCAACGAAGAAAUCAACGAGCUCUACGUCGGCCAGAGCUACGACCUCUACUGGACCCACAACAUCAUCUGCCCAACCUUCGGCGAGUAUCUCAGGAUGGUCGACAUGAAGACCGGCGGCCUCUUCCGGAUGCUAACCCGCCUCAUGACCGCCGAGUCACCGCUCAACGGCCAAAUCUCCGACUCUGAGCUCAACCCCCUCUGCUGCCUCAUCGGCAGCUUCUUCCAGAUCCGCAACGACUACCAGAACCUCGUGUCUGCUGAGUACGCGCAGCAAAAGGGCUUCGCCGAGGACCUUGACGAGGGCAAGUACUCCUUCACACUUAUCCACUGCAUCCGCGCCCUUGAGGCCGAUCCCUCGCUCGCCUGUGAGCAGAUGCAGCUCCACUCGCUGCUGAUGAAGAGGCGUGUCGAGGGUAAGCUUACCAACGAGGCUAAGCGUGAGAUCCUCGAUACCAUGAAAAAGACGCAGAGUCUCGAGUACACCCUUGAGGUGCUCCGUGAGCUUCACAAUAAGCUUGACAAUGAAGUUAGUCGUUUGGAGAAGAAGUUUGGAGAUGAUAACUUUGCGAUGAGACUUAUGAUGGAGAUGCUUAAGGUAUAAAGGGGUAUGGGAACGGUAUAAUGAGGUGAUAGAGCGGGACGGCAAAUUGGCAGCAUUUCCUUGUCUGGUUUCGUUGGUUUUUUGGCUUCGCUGUUAAGAAUGUUGCGCCUGUCGCCCUAUAUUAGACUCAUUCAGUUUAAAAAGCUGGUAUGCAUUUGGAGGUGUGUUUGCCGAUUUUAGGAUUUAUUUUAAAUGCAUAGCUAUUCAAAGUACCUUAUUCUUGAUAAAUGUGAACUCUUCUUUGUUUAAUAGCUCUAGUUCAUUCUCCAGGUAGCAUAUAUAUAUGGUUCUCUUC